AGCAGUAGGAUGGGAAUGCAAUCAAAUUUUAUAUUCAAUUUUGAGGCAAAGAGCUCGUUUUGCUCGUUCUUGGAAGAAGGUGGGAGGAAAGCAGUGCAAAUGGUGACAGUCAUUAGAGUCCAUGGAGAAUCAUCCAUCUCUCAAUCCAUUCUUUAAGUUGCACACGAGAGUCAGCAAUGGUUUCUUCAAAGAGUUCUCUCUUGGUUGGACUCCUUUUUAUGGUCUUCUAACUGUUUCAGAGUUCUUAUCUUCUGUUCUUGUUGUCAAUCUUCAAUAAAAGUUUGGAUUUUUGAGGAUCUGUGUUAGAGUUUAAAGAGAGUGACAAGAGAACAAUAUGUUAUCAUUUCAAUGGAGUUGAUUGGAUAGAAGAAGAGAAAGAAGAGUAGAAGUAGAAAAAGAAAGAAGAUUUGAUCCUUGUUUUGAGGAUUUGUAUCUGUGGAGAUGGAGAAACAGCAGAGUUUUCGAAUUGCUGCUCUUGAGAAGCUGCAGAGCUUUAGGGAGAAGAAGCCGAAGGACAAUAUCUGCAAGCGUGGUGACACACAACUCCAUCUUGCGGCAAGAGCUGGCAACACUGCACUUGCUGAGAGGACAAUUUCAGAGUGUAAAGAGAGUCAGUUGAAGGACUUGGUAUCGAAGCAGAACCAGGACGGAGAGACUGCAUUGUAUGUUGCGGCAGAGAGUGGACAUGUUGAGGUUGUUUGUGAGAUUUUGAAGGUUUCUGAUAUGCAGGCGGCUGCAAUCAAGGCGAACAACAGUUUUGAUGCUCUUCAUAUUGCUGCCAAGCAGAGUCAUGCUGGAGUGAUAAAAGAGCUUUUAUCGUCUUUCCCUCCUCUUGCCAUGACUACCAACAUUGGAAAUUCUACGGCCUUGGAUACUGCUGCGGCUCAAGGUCAUAUUGACGUUGUGAAUCUUUUAUUAGAAACAGAUGCAAGUCUUGCAAAGAUUGCUCGUAACAACGGCAAAACUGUCCUCCAUUCAGCAGCAAGAAUGGGUCAUGUAGAGGUUGUAAAAACCCUUUUAAGCAAGGAUCCUGGUCUUGGUAUGCGAACAGAUAAGAAGGGUCAGGCACCAAUUCAUAUGGCGGUGAAAGGCUAUAAUGUUGAGAUGAUAAUGGAGCUGCUGAAACCUGAUCCUUCUUCUGUAAUCAACUUGGAGGAUAACAAGGGUAACACGCCACUCCAUAUUGCUACGAGGAAGGGACGUCCUGAGGUUUUGCGAGCUUUAUUAUCGGUUGAAAGUAUCGAUGUCAAUGCAGUUAACCGAGCAGGCGAGACUGCGCUUGGAAUUGCAGAAAGAAUAUCUAAUGAAGAAGCUGCCACCAUUUUAAGAGCAGCUGGUGCUGUAGUAGUGAAACAUACAGCUCCAGUGACUGCGAAACAAUUGAAGCAGACGGUUAGUGAUAUAAAACAUGGUGUCCAAUCACAACUCCGGCAAACCCGUCAAACAGGUCUGAGGGUUCAGAAAAUAAGAAAGAGGCUGCAGAAGCUGCACAUAAGUGGGCUUAACAAUGCUAUCAAUUCAAACACUGUCGUCGCUGUGCUAAUAGCCACUGUAGCUUUUGCUGCAAUAUUUACAGUCCCCGGUCAGUAUGUUGAGGAUCCUACCGACGGAUAUACUCUAGGGGAAGCCUACAUUGCUACCGACCCAGCAUUCACUGUGUUUUUGGUGUUUGACUCGUUGGCCCUCUUCAUCUCCCUCGCUGUUGUGGUAGUCCAGACUUCGCUGAUUGUUAUCCAGCAGAAGGCGAAGACAUUGAUGGUUUUUGUGAUGAACAAACUGAUGUGGAUUUCUUGCCUCUUCAUAUCGAUCGCCUUCGUAGCACUCACCUUCAUUGUAGUAGGCCGCAAUGGGUGGUGGCUAUCUUGGUGUACAUUGGCAAUAGGCACGUCGAUAAUGCUAACGACGAUGGGUUCCAUGUGCUACUGCAUUAUUAUACAUAGAAUCGAAGAGAAGAACUUGAGGAAUAUAACAAGAACAUCUAGAAGCAGGUCGAAAUCGUUCACUCUGUCGGUCGCUUCAGACUCGGAGAUACUAAAUAAUGAAUACAAGAAGAUUUAUGCUAUCUAGCAUUGAUGAAACUAUUUGACACUGUAUAUUAUCUAUCAACAUAUGUGCCAAGGCCGCUGAAUUUUGAAGGUAAGUUUUGUUCAGUGUU